AUGAAGUCUUUAGCAAUACUUUGUGCCCUUUUCGUGGUUUCGGACUGUGUUAAAAUGCCCUCCACUUUCCAAAAAUGCACCAGAAACAAAAGCGACUUUAAUCAGUGUUUGUUGAAAGCUGUUGAAAAUGCUGUGCAUCAGCUGAAUCACCCAAUGAUGGCUGUGGGUUUGAUUAGUUUAGAACCUCUGGAAGUCUCUUCUAUUAACGUCUCGCCGGGAACAGGAGCAGCCCAGUUUACCCAAAUUUACAAAAAUGUGAAAAUUUACGGUUUUAGCAAAGCGAAAUUCUCAAAAUUUGACUUUGACUUUGAUAAGAAAACAAUCACUUUUGAGUGCAGUGUUUCAAAUAUUCGAGUGGAGGCUGAAUACGAUUUUAAAGGGAGAAUUAUGGUUAUUCCCUUUAAUGGAAAAGGUUCCGCUGUUAUUACACUUGACGAUGUGAACUUCGUAUUUACGUUUAAUUUGGAUGAGUAUGACAAGAGUGGAGAGAAAUAUUAUAAAAUUAAAAAGAGCACACUUGUUGCGGGACCACAAUUAAUCCAUUUUCAGUUAGAUAAUUUGUUUGGUGAAGAUGAAGCGCUAGGGAAGCACCUCAAUGACGUUUUUAAUGAGAACUGGAAGGCACUUUGGGACGAUGUCGAAAGCAGUUACGAGGAGCUUCUAUCUAGUGUGACCAAACAGAAAAACAAAACUAAAUGGAUGAGAAACAAUAGUCAAUCUCAGUCUCUAAAAGUUGACCAGGGGAAGCUAUUUUUGAAAAUUUGGAGGAGGUUCGCGGGCCGCUGGUUGUCGACAGCUGGCCUAAGUAGUUUGGUUGUCACCAAAGGAUUAGAAAUUCCAUAA